AAUUGGAAGCAAAAAGUAUUGGGACAUUGGGUCAUAUCAGCGGGCCUCGCGAACCCAAGAUGGUUACCGACUUACCGGUGGGGGAAAAAACGAAAAGAAAUUAAGAAGCAAAACCCUAAACCCUGAUAUUAAUCCUCCACGCCACGGUAUAAAAAAACAUAAACCCAGCCCUCUGUCUCUGUAAAACCCUAACGCGAACCCCAAAAUCAACUUAUCGGCUAUCAACAUGAGGCCUCCAAGAGGGCGUGGUGGUGCGGGAGGUUUUCGCGGUGGGCGUGGCGAUGGAGGAGGCCGAGGGAGAGGCCGUGGUGGCGGUGGGAGAGGUGCAAGUGAUAGAGGACGUGGACGUGGUCGAGGUGGGCGUGGUGGACGUGGCGGUGGAAUGAAGGGAGGGAGUAAAGUUGUGGUUGAGCCGCAUAGACAUGAAGGCGUGUUUAUUGCUAAGGGGAAGGAAGAUGCACUUUGCACUAAGAAUCUGGUUCCCGGGGAGGCUGUUUAUAAUGAGAAGCGGGUUUCUGUUCAGAACGAAGAUGGAACCAAGGUUGAAUACAGGGUCUGGAAUCCAUUCAGAUCUAAGUUAGCAGCUGCAAUUCUUGGAGGGGUGGACAACAUCUGGAUUGAACCUGGUGCCAAGGUAUUAUAUCUUGGAGCUGCUUCCGGAACAACCGUCUCUCACGUUUCUGAUCUUGUUGGCCCUUCUGGAGUGGUGUAUGCUGUUGAAUUUUCUCAUAGAAGUGGUAGGGAUUUGGUUAACAUGGCAAAGAAACGAACUAAUGUUAUACCUAUUAUUGAGGAUGCCAGACAUCCUGCCAAGUACCGAAUGCUUGUUGGGAUGGUAGAUGUUAUAUUUUCUGAUGUUGCUCAGCCUGAUCAGGCUAGGAUUUUGGCUUUAAAUGCGACUCACUUCCUGAAAGUUGGAGGUCAUUUCGUAAUUUCUAUCAAGGCAAACUGCAUUGACUCGACUGUUCCGGCUGAGGCAGUGUUUGCUCAGGAAGUAAAGAAACUACAAGCGGAUCAAUUUAAGCCAUCUGAGCAGGUUACCUUAGAGCCGUUUGAGAGGGACCAUGCUUGUGUUGUUGGUGCAUACCGUGUGCCUAAGAAGCAGAAGGCUACUGCUGCCUGAUAGUGUCACGCAGAGCAUGGGAGUCUGGUUGUUUUUUCUUCGUAGUUAUAAGGUUUAGGUAGUUAAAUGAUUUGGUAAUGUUGCAGACAGUCACUUAUAUUUGUUCUAUGGAAUGCUAGUGCUGGCGAAGAAAACCUUUUACAAGAAUUUUUUUGGCUCAAAUGUAUGUGAUGCUGAUUGGCAUUGCUUUUAAUUAGCACCCAGGCAUAUACUGUUCUCUGCU